AGCUGUUCUCAAGUACAAAAUAAAGUAGAAAUAGCGAUUUACAUGUAAUCCAAAUAUUUUUGGAGUGAGGCAUUUUAACAAGUUAACCACACAUGUACUCUGCUGAUGUAAUUUGUUUUACACACAGCACGAUACAAUAAAGAUCUUGGUUUUGCUGCUUCCCGAUCGCCACAAGUAAGGUGGAUCUAUAUUACAGAUUCGUAUGCUUUAAUAAAUCUCAGUGGUGCAGUCAUGGCAAACAUUGUUCCUUUGCUGGCGGCAGUGGUGGCAUUGUCAUCUAUUAUGCUAAACUUUGCAUUGCAUAAAAUAGAGGAAGGUCACAUUGCAGUUUAUUACAGGGGAGGUGCCUUACUAACAACAACUGCUGGACCUGGUUACCAUGUUAUGUUUCCGUUUCUUACGUCAUAUAGAACUGUUCAGAUUACUUUACAGUCAGAUGAAGUGAAAAAUGUACCGUGUGGAACGAGUGGUGGAGUUAUGAUUUACUUUGACAGAAUAGAAGUCGUCAAUAUCCUGGCACAACAUGAAGUGUUUAACAUGGUGAAAAACUACACAGCGGAUUACGACAAGACGCUUAUAUUCAAUAAAGUACAUCAUGAACUCAAUCAAUUCUGCAGCGCCCACAAUCUACAAGAAGUUUACAUCAAGCUGUUUGACCAAAUUGAUGAGAAUUUGAAGAAGGCACUCCAGGCUGAUUUGACUGUCAUGGCUCCUGGUCUCUACAUUCAGGCUGUUCGUGUCACAAAACCCAAAAUUCCUGAGAGUAUUCGCAAGAACUAUGAAUUAAUGGAGAAUGAGAAGACGAAGCUCCUCAUCGCCGAGCAGCACCAAAAGGUCGUCGAGAAGGAGGCCGAGACAGAACGCAAGAAGGCGGUCAUCGAGGCCGAGAAGCUUGCCCAGGUCGCCCGCAUCAGCUACGACCAAAAGAUCAUGGAGAAAGAGAGUCAGAAACAAAUCUCAGAGAUUGAAGACGCUACUCACCUUGCCAAGGAGAAAGCCAUGGCUGACGCAGAGUUUUACAAAGCUGAUAAGGAGGCCGACGCUAACACGCGGAAACUUACCCCACAAUACCUGGAGCUGCUGAGACAUCAAGCCAUCGCUAGUAACAAUAAGAUUUACUUUGGGAGUGACAUUCCAAGCAUGUUUGUUGCGGACGAGUCAUCUGCAUUGAAAGCCACUCAGAAGCUGGCACAAGAAAAACAGAAGAAGUAAUGAGUGUCCUCAUGACUGUGGUCCUAAACUCAUGGGCCAAGCAGAAAUUACUGGCAGUAGAUCUUCGAAAGAAAUAGAAGUUUGGUUUCAAAUUGUUAGAAAGAGAUCAGCCAGAUGCAGAUAAACAUGGAUUGUUAAUUAAGUUCUAAAAAGGUAUUACGUCUUUUGGGGUUUUGUAAACAACUUAAGUGAAAAUAGACAAAGUUGGGAAAAUGUGUUGAUGAACAAAAACUUAUUUAUCUAUCAUUCCCUUGUUUUCAUGAUUGUAUUUUUUCAAGGAUUAUUUGUAUAUUUCUCAAUAACUGCACAAUAAGAUACCAUUUGGUAUGUUGCAAGGGUUAUUUUUUAAGUUACACAAAUUGGUAGAUGAUAUUCUGGACACAAAGUUAGUUUUAGGCACUAUUUUCGUUUUGUUUUAUGUUGCAAAAGAGAAAACGGGAGAAGUUUUUCAAAGUUUAUGCAAACCUUGGAGGUGCUUUUUCACAUUGUUUUUAACAGAAUAGUUUGCAGAAUGUAACAAAUUGUUCAAGUUAUAAGUUUAUAGAACAAACAAAGCUUAUCGUAAUUUUAUGCAAAUAAUUAACAAAAUACAAAGAAAUUAUUAUGUGGCGAUUAUUAUGAUGAACAAAUUUUAGAGAAAAUCAUUAUAGAGAAAAAAACAAUUUAUUUUGUUUUGUUGGCAUUUUCUCAUGUUUUAGUUUACGUCUUUGAAGUUUUCUUCAUGUAGUUGUAAAGAGUGAGAUAAGUAGUAGGGUAAUGCAUUGUAAAUGAGCUGCCAACAUUUGCAUCUUGCAAUCGGGAGAUUUUGACCUGUCCAACAAUGUGAGAGAUAAUUAAGAAUUUCAUUCAAGGUAAAAGGGACAAAUUUUCCAUAACCUAGGAGGUUUUGUAUAUGUUCAUAAUAAUAAUAAUAACAGGGUAACACAGCGCCUACAAUAAACAGUACAACAAGCGAAUAAAAAAAGGCACUAAUAAUGGCAAAGAAAGUUGGUCCUUAUAAAGAAACCGUUGAAUAAGAAAGAUUUGAGAUGUUUCUUGAAAACUACAAAGGACUCGGCUGAACGAGUUUGAUGAGGGAGACAGAUCCAAAGACGCGGGGCAUGUGUGUAAAAUGCACAACCCCCCAGCGGCAGACUGCUCCUUUGGAACUGCCAAGAAUGUACUGUUCAUCGGAACAUAGAAAGAUUAGUUUUAUUUUCAGGGACAUUUCUGCGGAAUUGGGGAACAUGGAAAGAUUUGUUCUAUUUUCAGGGAAUUUCCUGUGGAAUUGAAGAACAUGGAAAGAUUAGUUUUAUUUUCAGGGUAUUUUCUGCGGAUUGGAGAGUUGGCAGCUCUGAGAUCAUUCUUAUAAUGUUCUCAACAAAUUGCAGUCAUAGAAAAGUACCCUAAAGACACAGGACACUAUUGGUAAUUGCCAAAGACUAGUCUUCACAGUUGGUGUACCUCAACAUAAUAUGUUGU